AAUCCCAAAUGCACGUAUUGCAAACAACUACCUUCGACUACCACCAGCUUCUUCAGCGCAGCAGUUAUGUCGAUCGGCUCUGCGGAUAACGUCCAGUCUAUUCUCCUAUCGGACGAGGAGCGGCUCGAGGGCAGGUACAGCCUCGAGACCCAAGCCAAGGUCCUCGGCGCUCUCAAUCAGGACGGUUUGGUUGUCCUGAAGAAUGUCAUCCCUGUCGAUACCGUCGAUAAAUUGAACAGAUGGAUGUGCGACGACGCCGACCGCAGGAUCUGCGACCCGAGCCAAGGGUACAAUCACGGCAUCAAAUCAAAUAUCUUACAGCGGCCGCCGGUCAUGGAGCCUGAGCUCUUGAGCAAGGAUGUCUAUUUCAAUCCCUUCGUGCUGCAGACUGCCAAUGCCUACCUUGGCCAUCGUCCCAUCUGGAACUGGAUGACUGCCAAUAACGCCCUUGCUAACACCGGCGGCAAGCGACAACCGGCGCACAAGGACUCCGUCUUUGAUCACCCGCUAUACCCCUACUAUUUCAUCGCCAACAUUCCGCUUUGCGACUUUAGUAUUGAGAACGGUUCCACAGAGUUCUGGCUUGGCUCCCACGCCCACACAACGCAGGCGGAGCAGAAAGUCGCAGAAACCGAGGAGGACCUCGCAUCGUACCCUGGGCUGGCUGAAGUGGGCGGCAUCAUCCCGCCGAUCAAAGAAGAGGCCAAGGAUCAGCGCCGCAAGAUUCGCCCACCGAUUCAGCCAGCGUGCGGCAGGGGAGACGUGAUGAUCCGUGACCUUAGGCUGUGGCACGCCGGCAUGCCCAACCACAGCAAUGCGCACCGGGUCAUGCUGGCUCUGGGAUACAUGAGCCCGCACCACCCAAACUACUACCUUAAGGUCCAUCUCCCUUCCUCCCAGGAGAAGUUCUUCCAAGAAAACAGUCGGCCUGAUGUCGAGGUCCGGGCACAGUGGUAUUCGGACGCAGACUUGGUGAAGGUUACAGAGGAUGUGAAUUUCUACACUAAACCUGCGUACUUAGAGGGUAAAUAAGACGGACAGGGGGCAGGUUGGAUAGGCCAACCCAAUGCCUUGCUCGUUAUGUUUCUGAGCUGGUAGCUCAGUGUUGGAAGUUGUAGAGUUCUUCAGCAGAGCAGCUAUUGCUGCUGUCUGGUAUUUGAAAAGGUAGAAGACUAUUGGCUUGAGCACAGAGUGUGGCUGCGAAUUGGGACUAGGAAUUGGUGAGAGAUCUGUCUCUGUUGGGACGAUCAAAUGAACGGUUGAAGCCAA